GGUUAAUCCCAUCUGACAGAAAAUAGUUGAUGUCCUUACUAGGGCAACACACAUUGAUGUUUAAGGGAAAUACAAAGAAAAAAACGAAAAAAAAAAAUUUGAAGGACCAAAAACAAGAUUCGAUGCAGUUUAAGGGGUUUUUGCACCAAUUACCAUGAUUUUAAAUUGAAAAUUGAAAUCUCAACUUUAUAUGAAAAAAAAAAAAAAUAAUAAUAAACUAUUUCAAGUCCACGGAAAGUGGCUGCAGUAAAACUGAGGAGGCGGAGGAAUUGACGAAUUGGGGAUUUAGGGUUUUAGGGAGGGAGGUAGAGAUGGAGAGCAGCUUGGAGCAGACUCUGCAGGAUGGGAAGCUCUUCAGGCAGCUCAAUUCUCUCAUUGUUGCUCAUCUUCGUGACAACAAUCUCAAUCAGGCUGCAAGUGCCGUCGCUAGAGCAACAAUGACACCGUUGAAUGUUGAAGCCCCACCUAAUAGGCUUCUUGAUCUGGUUGCUAAGGGUCUUGCAGUGGAAAAAGAUGAAGUUUUAAGAGGCAUUAGUUCGUCUGUACUGCAUGAUUUGAGUGCAUCUAUCCCUGCUCCUCGAACUGGUGCUGUAGACUUCAGUUCUGUUCAGGAAACAAAAGGCUCAUCAAAGAGUUUUCCUAAGCAUGAGACAAGGCAUCUUUCAGAGCACAAGAAUAUUGCCAGAUGUGCUAGAUUUAGUCCCGAUGGGAGAUUUGUUGCCACUGGAAGUUCUGAUACCUCAAUAAAGCUUUUUGAGGUAGCAAAGAUUAAGCAAAUGAUGGUACCGGAUGCAAGAGAUGCUCCUGUGAGACCUGUCAUACGGACCUUUUAUGACCAUCUACUGCCAAUUAAUGAUCUGGAUUUUCAUCCUCAAAGCACUGUUAUUAUAUCUGGGGCCAAAGAUCACACAAUAAAGUUCUUUGAUUUUUCCAAGAUCACUGCAAAGAGAGCAUUUAGAGUUAUACAGGAUACACACAAUGUACGCUCUGUGUCUUUCCAUCCUUCUGGGGAUUUUAUUUUAGCAGGAACUGAUCAUCCAAUUGCUCACUUGUACGAUGUGAAUACGUUCCAGUGUUACCUAUCUGCAAAUGUUCCAGAGAUUGGAGCUAAUGGAGCAAUAAAUCAGGUCAGGUAUUCCACUACAGGUAGCAUGUAUGUUACAGCUUCUAAAGAUGGAGCAAUUCGUCUAUGGGAUGGGAUAACUGCCAAUUGUGUACACUCCAUAGUUGGUGCACAUGGAACAGCUGAGGCCACCAGUGCAAUUUUUACUAAGGAUCAAAAGUUUAUUCUCUCUUGUGGGAAAGACUCUUCUGUAAAACUCUGGGAAGUUGGCACUGGGAGAUUAGUCAAACAAUACCUUGGAGCUACACAUACACAGUUGCGGUGUCAGGCUGUUUUCAAUGACACUGAAGAAUUUAUUCUAUCCAUUGAUGAAACAAGCAAUGAGAUUGUUGUGUGGGAUGCUUUGACUGCAGAAUAUGUAGCAAGAUGGCCCUCCAAUCAUGUUGGCGCUCCUCGUUGGCUCGAACACUCACCAACAGAGUCUGCAUUCGUCUCCUGUGGGACUGAUAGAUCAAUCCGUUACUGGAAGGAAAUUUUCUAAGCAUGUAAAACAUGGUAGACACGUGGCCUUUACUGAUUCCCACUUAAUAUUUGAUUUGGCAUUUUGUCAUAAUUUUGUCUCUAAGUUAUAAAUCAUCAGAGUUGGUGGGCCUGUAAAAUAGUUUGUGCAUCUCUAACUUUUUGGUUCAGGCAUGCGAAUAAAUUUACAACUCAACAAUUCUCAAA